CCCCUCCCUCAUACUCAACAAAGCUGCAUAGAAGCAAGAAAGAGAGGUCUUAUCCCUGUUUGUUUUUUUGAUCGGUCUUCCACAGCCUCCCAGUUUUCUCUUUAAUAUUUAUUUUUUUUACCCAUAAACAGAACCCGCGUGUUUGAUAACUCCUUCAUCCUCCCUUUUCCUCCAUCCCCGUUUCUCCUCCUUCCCUCUCCCUCCCUCUCUCUCCUCACCCCUCAUCCUCCAUCUGAUCUAGUCGACCAUCUGUUUCAUCACGAACCUUUCAGAAUGAUUACCAAAAUUCACGCCCGUUCAGUCUACGACUCUCGCGGUAACCCCACUGUUGAGGUAGAUCUCACUACUAGUGAUACUGGCUUGCAUAGGGCUAUUGUCCCCUCCGGUGCUUCCACCGGCCAACACGAAGCCAUUGAGCUUCGGGACAAAGACAAGACCAAAUGGGCGGGGAAGGGUGUUCUCAAGGCUGUUGAAAAUGUCAAUACUAUCAUCGCCCCUGCCCUCAUUAAGGAAAGGUUCGACGUCAAGGACCAAGCUGCUAUCGAUAAGUUCUUGAUUGAUCUUGACGGAACCCCAAAUAAGGCCAAGUUGGGGGCCAACGCUAUUCUUGGUGUCUCUUUGGCUGUUGCUAAGGCUGGAGCUGCUGCAAAGAGUGUUCCACUAUAUGCCCAUGUUGCGGAUCUUGCCGGUACUAAAAAGCCAUUUGUUCUCCCGGUUCCGUUCAUGAAUGUUAUUAACGGAGGAUCUCAUGCCGGAGGUCGUCUCGCCUUCCAAGAGUUCAUGAUUGUUCCCUGUGAGGCCCCGAGCUUUACCGAGGCUAUGAGGCAGGGAGCUGAGGUUUACCAGAUCCUCAAGACCCUCACCAAGAAGAAGUAUGGUCAGUCCGCUGGUAAUGUUGGUGACGAGGGUGGUGUUGCACCCGACAUUCAGACCGCUGAGGAGGCUCUUGACCUCAUCACCGAUGCUAUUGAUAAGGCUGGCUACACUGGCCAGAUAAAGAUCGCUAUGGAUGUUGCCUCUUCCGAGUUCUACAAGGAGGAUGCUAAGAAGUACGAUCUUGACUUCAAGAACCCCGACUCCGAUAGUAGCAAGUGGUUGACCUAUCAGGAAUUGGCCGACCUCUACAAGAGCCUUGCCCAGAGAUACCCAAUUGUCAGCAUCGAGGAUCCCUUCGCUGAGGAUGACUGGGAGGCCUGGACCCACUUUUACAAGACCAGUGACUUCCAGAUUGUUGGUGACGAUCUGACUGUUACCAACCCCAUCCGCAUCAAGAGGGCCAUUGAUGAGAAGAGCUGCAACGCUCUCCUUCUCAAGGUCAACCAGAUUGGUACCCUCACUGAGUCUAUCCAGGCCGCUAGGGACUCAUACACCGCUGGCUGGGGUGUCAUGGUCUCCCACCGUUCUGGUGAGACUGAGGAUGUCACAAUUGCGGACAUCGUUGUCGGUCUCCGCGCCGGUCAGAUAAAGACUGGUGCUCCCGCGAGAAGUGAGCGUCUUGCCAAGCUCAACCAGAUCCUCCGUAUCGAGGAAGAAUUAGGCGAGCAGGCCACCUAUGCUGGGAACAAUUUCAGAACCGCUGUCAACCUUUAAAUUUUACCCAGUUCAACAUAUGUCGGGGACUUGGGGACAGUUUAGAUAAAAAAUUACUUCCCCGAACCUUAAUUAAAACGAUGCAUAGCUA